GUAAAACCUUUCACCUUUGUACUGUGCAGUAACAUCCACUGUCAAGCAGUAGUUUUAACCAUUGUUCAGCAACAUCAUACAAACAGAAUUAGCAGAAAUACAUCUGUCUUUUGUGUGCAUUUUUCUUAUCUUGAAAGCGAACUGAAGUGAGAGUAAUUUCUUUAAACAAUAAUAAAGUUGAAUGUAACCAGUUGUACUACAGAAGACAAAAUGUUGUGAAUUUUAUCUCUGAGCACACUGAUAACAAUAUGUAAUUCUAGACUGCAUUUAGAAGAACAUCUGUAUGGAAGUGCUUUGAAGGAAACUAAGUCAACAUUUAAUGCCAUAUUUGCAACAAAUGUAUCAAGGAAAAUGAUGCAAACUCUUGUACAUGUUAAUAUUUUUAAAACAGUAAAGAAAUCAGCUGAAUAAUUUCUACCACUUGUAUUUUCAUUCUGACAGGUUGCGGCACAUCUGUUCCAAUAUAACACAUUUUUAUAUUUUGAAUGUCACACUAUAUAAUCUUGUGACAUCAAAUAAUAAUUUGCAGUAUUUCAUUAGUAAAUUAGACUUCAUCUUUCAUAUAAAACAACUGAAAAAUACCCCCCGUCUGACGUUAUGGAGCGGACCAGACCGAAUAUUCGGAUAUUCGUCAUUCAUAGGGGCCGAAUAUCCGGAGCACAGAAACUGCUAUUCAGGCCAGCCCUACUUUCCUGUGUUUUCCUUGCAUCUCUACUCAUGUUAUGGGGACUCGGAUGUAAAAAAGAAUGCUAAUGAGGAACCCACAAAUACAUUAAGUGGCCUUUUCUCCCUCAAACAGCAUUUUCCUGGCACAAGUGUCUCUGACUUAACUCUUCAUUCUGGAUAUUUCUUAUAGAAUUUUGAAAAAUUAUUGCUGUACCAAGUGGGCUUUAUGUCUACUGCAGAUUUGUUUGUUCGGACAAAACGACACAGCUUCGGUCACUAAAUAUGUUUUGAAAUUAGUAUUGUUUAAUAGUGUCUUUUUUGUAGAUUUAGAUGCUGUUUGUACCGAUAUUGAUUCAAUAUUCUGGUGAUAAUUAACACAGUCAGUUGCAUCAGUUCAGUGAUGACAUAAAGUGGAAGUCUAUCAGUUUCCACUUCAUGAUCAUGUGGCACUGCUUCCUGCAUUCCAUCUGUCCCAGAGUGAAAUAGGUAAAGUAUAAAUAAGAGUUUCUCUGAGCACAACUCACCUCAGGGCACUGCGCACUCCGUAGUGUCUGGGGUUAUUUUGAAUACAACAAUUUCUCUCAAGCAGCCACGUUGUCUGUUAUUAUAUACUCUGUUGUUUGCUCUUUUCCAUGUAGGGAAACAGAUAUUUGUAAUGGUCCUAGAAGAGAAAUCCAGCAGAAUAUUUAACAGCACAUUUGUUCGACCUGCACAAUUUUACCUCAGUGGGUUUUCUAACAUCCCUCAUGUUAAGUAUUUCUAUGUGUUCUUGUGUUUUGUCUACAUCAUGACUGUUCUUGGGAAUGGUUUUCUCCUCUCUGUGAUUUACCUUGUGAAGACUCUUCAUACUCCAAAAUAUUUGAUUGUGUUCAAUCUGGCUUUGGUGGAUUUGUGUGGGAGCACAGCUCUCAUCCCAAAACUCUUAGACACAUUUUUGUUUGACAGGAGAUACAUUGUCUAUGAGGCUUGCUUAAGUUAUAUGUUCUUUGUCUUUUUCUUUGGAGCUGUGCAGUCAUGGACUCUUGUUUUUAUGGCUUAUGACAGAUUCAUAGCAAUUUGCUUCCCUUUAAGGUACCACAGCUUUGUGACUAAACCAGCUAUUGUUGCAAUGCUGCUGUUUAAAUGGAUUUUGUUGAGUAUAAUAGGAUUAAUGGUUGGUCUUCUUGAUCGUAUCUCUUUCUGUAGAUCCUUGGUGAUACGCAGCUUUUUCUGUGACCAUGGCCCAGUUUAUCGUCUGGCCUGUAAUGAUAUAACUUUAAAUGUAAUAGCAGUAUAUCUUGUUUUCAUUACAGUUCUCUGUAUUCCUCUCAUACUGAUAAUAUUCACAUAUGUUUGCAUUUCCGUAGCACUGAACAGGAUUGUGUCAGGAGAGAAACGACUCAGAGCACUGAAAACUUGUACUUCUCACCUGAUUCUUGUUGGUGUUUUCUUCCUCCCUUUGUUGGGCACCAACUUUGCUUCAGUGGCCUCCCACAUCCAUCCUAAUGCCAGGAUCAUAAACUCCACUUUGACACACACAAUACCAGCUUUGCUGAACCCCAUCAUAUACGCUUUGAAGACAGAAGAAAUGCUGAAUGCUAUCAAGAAGCUUUACAAAAGAUAUAGUCUCAGCAGCACAGCCCCAAAAUGAUGAACUUUGUCACUGUUAUAUUGACACAUUGAGAGUUACGGUACAAUACUUGUUUUAAUAAGUUCCUAGUACUGUCAGCUUAUUUGUAAGCAUCAUGAAUUUACUUCCAGAAUGAUUAUCAUGUGGUAUUUUGUCAUUCAUUGUACUUUACUCCAUAUAUCACAUAAAGUGGUUGCAUUAUAUUGUAUGAGCCAUACAGUGUAAAGGUCAUACAUGCAAAAUGAAAUCACGUAUCUUUCUUAAUAUCUCAUGUACUAGAUUUUGUUUAGAUUUCUUUUGAUAUUUUGGAAACAAAAAAUGUUUUCAUAAUGUGUGGGAAGGUUUGAUUUUAAUGUAGAGACAGAGUCAGAAUACAUGUAUAUUAUUUCUCGAUUUUAAGCCUCUUUUUCCGUUUGACGAGUGACUCAGUGGUUGAUAUGUUGAUUGAUUUAUCAGUAGAAAGUCAGUUUACAUUUUCUUUUGAUCAGUAAAUGAUUUCUUCAUGACGACACACAAUAUUUUCAGAUCAGCUUCUUGCUUUUAGUGUUUGAUGGUUUUCUUUUUCAUAUAUGAUAGUCAGUGAAAUAUUAUUUGACUUUGGAACUUUGGUUGAAAGAAACAAAGCAUUUUAAAUACAUCAGCAUUUGUUUUGUUGCAUAAUAUAAUGGGGCACUGGGGGUAUCAUUAAUAAAAAUAAUUGUUAGUUGCA